AUGACAAAACCAGCAAUCACAUCUGCAUCAUCUAUUACAACUCCUUCUAUUCGUCCAGCAAACUCAAUUGGAACAUUGUUACCAACAACGUCUCCGAGUAAUAAUAAUAAUAUUCCAUCCCCGCAACAUAAAUUAUCAUCCCCUUCAACAAUGUCAUUUCUUCCUCAACAGCCUCCAAUCGUUACUUCGGUAUCAUCGGAAAUCUUUGCUAAAAUAUGCGAACACCUAACACCCAUUGACAUCUUUAAAUUAUCGGCUGUUUGUAAACAAUAUCGAAAUUUUUGUUGUACCCCUUUAUCAGCAACAUCUCAAAAUAUUUGGCGUAAUUCUAGAACCAAGUUCUUAACUUAUCCUGAAUUACCUCCACCACAAGGAAUGGAAGAAGAAAAAUAUAUUCGGAUUACAAAUUUUGAUAAAAGUUGUGAAUUUUGCGGAAAUCGUGAUCAUGAAUCUUCAAGAUUAUAUUGGGAAUUUAGAGUUCGUUGUUGUGAUAAGUGUUUACUCGAAAGAACCAAAACUUAUGAAGAGCUUGAGAAAAUUGCAGAUAAUAUACCAAUUGAUAUAAUAGAGACAUUGCCAUGUGUUUGGAUUAGAGGUGGUGCUUUCGCCGUGCCUGUUCAUAGGUAUUAUUGGAUUGAUAAUGUGAAUUCAAUAAUCAAAGAAUAUUCUUGUUUGAAGAAGGAUUAUACGAGAUCAAAAGCAAUGGAAUGA